CCUACCCGCAUCCGAUUUGGUAUAUACUUCAUAUACAAGUCUGUGAUGGUAUAGAGCUAAAGAACAGCUGUUUAACGUUUCUUGAUUCUCAUUGCGAUAAGCCGUUCAAUGCAUAAUCAUGUAUUUAACUUAACACGACUCGAACGAUAAACCCCUUUGGGUUGGAGAACUCUACGAAGACACGAGCUGUCAGGAAAAACCGGAAAAUCAUCACGGUUGAAAAAAAAAGAACUACAACAAAGGCAGCGAUUGAAGGAAGGAAGGAGAGUCCGUCUUGACCUCACUAAUUCGCAGGAACCUAUCUGUUUAUUAUUUCCAUUAGAAUAUUAUGUUUUAUUCUGGUUUUCUUUUCCUCUCCGCUCUUUGUGUUUUCCAAGCGUCUGGAGAUGGUCAGUAUAGCAAUGAGUUUGCAGUGAAAGUACUAGGAGGACCGGAGAACGCCGACAAGGUGGCUAGGGAUCUGGGCUACGAGAACUUGGGACAGAUUGGAGCACUCGAUGACUAUUAUCUCCUUGCCCACAAAGAUGUCCCUGCGCGCUCUCGGCGAAGUGCCCACACUCACGUAAAGAGACUGGUUGAUCAUCCACAAGUUCACUGGGCAGAGCAACAGCAGAGCAAGAGCAGGGUUAAGAGAGGCUACAUUCCACGCAAUAUAAAAGAAGACGAUCCACCUCACAUUGAGCCAUUUCAUGACCCAAACUGGUCACAUGAAUGGUAUUUGACACAUCAGGACUCAGACAAGAGGAGAAACCCCACUUCACACGCCGACCUCAGAGUGGUGGAGGCCUGGGAUAAGUACAAAGUGACUGGGAAAGGCGUAGUCAUAUCCAUUCCUGAUGAUGGGCUUGAAUGGACACAUCCUGAUCUCAGAGCCAGCUAUGAUCCAUAUGCAAGUACUGAUUUAAACGGAGGUGACAGCGACCCUUCCCCUAGAUAUGAUGCUUUGGAUCAGAACAGACACGGGACUCGCUGUGCAGGAGAGAUUGCCAUGCAACCAAAUGACAACCUGUGUGGAGUAGGCGUGGCAUACGGCGCUAAAGUUGGGGGCAUUCGUAUGUUAGAUGGACGUGUUACAGACUCGGUAGAGGCCAAAGCUCUCAGUUUUAACCACACUUAUGUCGACAUCGUUAGUGCCAGCUGGGGACCAAAUGACGACGGCAAGACGUUGGAAGGACCGGGCAGGCUAUGCAAGGAGGCUUUCAUAAAGGGAAUAACUGAGGGCAGAGGUGGUAAGGGCAUUAUAUACAUGUGGGCGUCUGGGAACGGUGGCAGAAGUCAAGACAACUGCAACUGUGACGGCUACACCGGCUCCAUCUAUACUUUGUCCAUCAGUAGUGCUACAGAACACAAUAAAGAACCUUGGUAUGCCGAGAGGUGCGCUUCUACCAUGGCAACUGCGUACUCUAGUGGGAACUUUGGAGAGAAAAAAAUUGUGAGUACCGACCUCCAUAAUAAAUGCACAGAAGCUCAUACGGGAACUUCGGCUUCAGCCCCCUUGGCCGCCGGCGUCAUGGCACUUGUCUUGGAACGCAACCCCAACCUGACUUGGCGUGACGUUCAGCAUCUGGUCGCGUGGACCUCUCAGAAAUCGCCGUUAGGAGAAAACCCUGGCUGGAAAACCAAUGGCGCAGGCUUCGAAGUUAGCAGCAGCUUCGGGUUCGGCAUUCUAGACGCCCUGGCCCUGGUGGAGACGGCAGACCCUGCCACCUGGAAGACGGUGCCAGAGAAAUCUAUAUGUGAAGUCGAUGUAACAGAUGGCUUGCCAAAGGCACUGUCCUCUGGUAACCAAGUCGUGAUCAAGAUAAAGACAACAGGAUGUGAGGGUCAAGAUAAUGAAAUCCGGUCUCUGGAACACGUCCAGUUGGUCGUGGACGUGACUUACAGUAGAAGAGGAUCGCUGGAAAUCUGGCUCAAAGCUCCCAGUGGAAUGACGACGAAAUUGCUCAGCACGCGCAAAUACGACACAUCCAGGGAUGGUUUGAAAAACUGGAGCUUCUUGUCUGUGCACAACUGGGGAGAAAACCCAAAAGGAACUUGGGAAGUGACCAUUGCUGACCAGACUACUGGUGGCCAGCGCGGCUCAGUGAAAAGCGUGAAACUUUUGUUGCACGGGACCAAAGAAAUACCGGACCACAUACAAAAGGCUGGUGGAAAGAAAGCACCUCAAGACCCAAAAAACAAAGACGAGCCGACAACCCCUAUACCACCCAUUCCAAGCGAGGUGAAGCAGAAUAACAAAGUAACGGGGGAAUGGGAGGCGCCGACCACAAGGUCGUCCUUGCUUAACGACCUCUUGUCCAAUCUAUUUGGCGACGACGGUGACGACGACGCCUCGGAGACAUGGUGGUGGAAGAAAGAUGAAACCGACAGCAACUCUUACUAAGUUGCCCACUGCCGACGUGAUUGAGAGCACAGACAAACGUGUUAUGGAAACUGGUUUUGUUUGUGUCUUCAAUCACGUGUGCAAGCGGGGACUGGAUCAAGCCUUAUCUGAUUACGGUAUCAAAAUUCAGAUUUCUGUCAAUCUUCAAAUCAAAUUUUACGGAGAGAAAAGGAAACUAUUUUUGUACGCACUGCACGGAAACAUAAAUAUCAGUAUAUUUUGUGGUCUGAAGCAGUAUUAUUGUGGUCACUAAGAUCUGGCAUCAUGUUACGGGAAAAUCACGUAUUUUGUUGUGUUGGUUGUUAUUCAAUUUUUGUAACAUCUAACACAUUUCAAUAAAGUUUCGAUCCCUA